AUGUAUCUUCUGCCGGAGAAGGUGAAACCGAGAAUCGAUUUCAGUUCAAUUUCGACUUCGAGAAGGUUUCUGAAACCGGCCUCUUGCCCCAUUGGUAGCUCAACUCCCGAUUCGGCCUUUCCUGAAGAUGGACCCAUCGAACUCCCCUUCUCUAUACCUUCAUUUAUCUCCACCGACAAUGACCCUACCACUCUCCAAGUCGCCACCAAUGUUCUCCUCACUAGCACCGGCACCAUCUCCAUCUUCCUUUUUCUCUCCCUCCGUCGUCGUGCAAAGUCUAAGAGAACAGAAACUAAAAAGAUGUUGAAGGAGGAGGCACUUGAGAGUUUGAAAGCAAUGACGCAGGUUGAGGCAAAUACUCCUCUGUUACCUCUUCAGUCAUUUCUAGGAGGUUUGUUUGUUGGAAUUAUUGCAAUUAUCCUAUAUAAAUUCACCACCACCAUUGAAGCUUCUAUGAAUCAUCAAACCAUUUAUGAUAAAAUCAUCCCUACUUAA